UGCAGUAAUGUUCCCACGCAGAACACAGCAAGCGUUUGCGAAAUAUUGUAUCCAGUUUUGUAUCUUAUCAACUGCACAAUGGCAGCAAAUAAGACAGGUUUCGGAGGAGACUGUAUAGAUGCCAGACGGGGCGAUGGGCAAGAGGCAGAAAUGGUCCCUAGCGCUUCAGGCCCCGUGGAGGUGGAUGCCAAGUUGCAGGCCCAUAGCUUCAGAUACAGCCUUAACUACUCCAGCAUUGGACAGUGUAUCAUCAUCAACAAUAAGAACUUUGAUCGAACAACAGGUAUGAACCAACGCAACGGAACCGAUGUGGAUGCUGGCAAUGCCAUGAAAGUGUUUGGGAAGCUUGGAUAUAAAGUGAAAGUUUAUAAUGACCAGUCAGUGAACCAGAUCACGCAUGUUUUAAAAAGUGUUUCCAUGGAAGACCACAGUGGUUCCGCCUCGUUUGUCUGUGUCCUUCUGAGCCAUGGUGAUGACGGAGUAUUCUUCGGCACGGAUGCCUCCGUGGAACUAAAAAGCUUGACGUCCCUCUUCAGGGGCGACCGCUGCCCUUCUCUUGUGGGCAAGCCCAAAUUAUUUUUCAUCCAGGCUUGCCGAGGUACAGACCUUGAUGUAGGUGUUCAGACUGAUGGUCCCUCUGAUGGGAACACGACAACUAGGAUCCCGGUUGAAGCAGACUUCCUGUAUGCGUACUCCACUGCUCCAGGCUACUACUCAUGGAGGAACACUCAGACAGGCUCCUGGUUCAUGCAUUCAUUGUGCGACAUGAUCAGCAAGUAUGGAAAACAGCUGGAGAUCCUUCAUAUCAUGACACGGGUCAAUCACAAGGUGGCAGUAGAGUUUGAGUCUGUAUCAAACUCUCCAGGCUUUGAUGCAAAGAAGCAGAUUCCCUGUGUUGUAUCAAUGCUGACCAAAGAAAUGUACUUCACUCCUUGAGGUUUUAUGAUCCAAACCGACGUGUAGGUUCUCAGGUCAUGCUUCUGGGAGCAACCCAUACUUUGAAUAUUAUAUGUUGUGUUGUCGUGUGUACAAUAGCUAAAAUAUUCAAAUGACGUUUUCUUUGAUAUGUGCUAGCCUUAAUAAGCUCCUAAAAACCACAUUGUGUGGUUGGUGUGUACAUCUAUUUUUUUUCCCACUAUGUUAGCUUGCACAGAGCAAUAGACUUAUUUGUGAACAAGUCAGGGAAUUGAAAUGCUGAUAAAUACAUUAAAACAGUUUUGUAAGACUAGUGAAAAGACAAUCCAGAUGUAUUUACAUUGAUAUAAUUAUGGAUAUUAAUCUCUGGCAAAGCAUCAGGAUUUUUACAGUUAAGUACUUUCAUAAGAAAAACAUUUCAUAUGUUUUAUUUCACACAUAGAUUAUGUUACAAUUGUAAGAUGUACUGUGAGUGUUUUUGAAUGCAUGUUUACAAUACAAUUAUUAAUUGACCUAAACAGGAGUUUAAUGAUGAUUCGAAAGGGCAUUCCAAGAAUUUGCAUUAGCUGUGGAUGGGGGACAUGGGAUCCUCAAAAAUCUUUUGUUGUUGCACAAGAUGGACACUGUGUCCCUUUAACGUGUUAAACAUAUGAAUAGUCCUGCAACAGAAAAAUCUGUCAAAUGUGGUGAAAAAGGGAUGUCUUAUGCAUGCAGAAGCUACUUCGGAGCAAACAUUUGAAUUCAAACUUAUAUUAUUCAGUUAGGGUUAGUUUGUUCCAGUAAUUUUGUUUUGAGCAAGAAACCACCCCCAUCCCAAAAGAAAACUAUAUGAGCUGUGCUUGUCAGUGUCAUAGUCUAAACCAUACUUGAAUACAAAUAAAUGUGUUUUCAAAUGUU